AUGGCAGACAACAAAACCUCAUCUCCUCCAAGGACUUCGGCUCCUGAUCUUGAAAUCUUGGGUGAUCAAGUAACAUUGCAUCCUAGUGGUUACAUCGAGCCUCCGGAAAGACCUCACGAUGGGGAGAAAGAAAGGAAUUUGGUGGAGCAUAUGGCUAGGUUUAGGUCAAGUCCUUUGGAAUUUCUGAGAGAAGUCUCCUUACAUGUUUCAGGAACAGGAUGGCGUGCCUACGAUCAUUUCAUCGGACAACCUAUCUUUUAUCCUGGAUUCUCGGAAAAUAUGACAGCUGCGGUCAUGUCUACACCUAUUUUACAAACACGAAUAUCUGAAUUGGCCGAGAAACGGACAGGAAUUGAGGAGCAGGAAGGUCUAUUGAAUAAAGAUGAUCCAUUAUACCAUUCGAAAAGAUCACAGAGGAAGUCUGCCAUUGAACAAAGUUUGCAAGAGCUUUCAGAAAAGUUAACGAGCGAUAUGAUAUGCAAAAUGGAAAGUAGGCCAUUCAUCAGAGGAGCUUAUUAUCUAUGUACUCAGCUCUUGACAAGGGCAUAUCAUCAAGGUAUUCAUGUGUCCAGCGAGGAAGUCCUUAGAUUACGAAACGUUGCCGAAAAGGCACAAAAAGACAAAACAUCCAUAAUUUUCCUUCCAUGUCAUAGAUCCCAUGUAGACUAUGUUUCUUUGCAACUGAUUUGCUAUCGAUUGGGCAUCGCAUUACCAACAGUUGUAGCUGGUGAUAAUCUUAACUUCCCUGUCGUGGGGAGCUUUCUACAACAUGCUGGGGCCAUGUGGAUACGAAGAAGCUUCGGAGAUGAUGCUUUGUAUACCACUCUUGUACAAUCAUACAUAGAUACCCUUCUACAAGGCGGUUAUAAUUUUGAAUGUUUCAUCGAGGGCGGCAGAUCAAGAACUGGAAAGUUGUUGCCUCCCAAAUUCGGUAUCCUGAGUUUCAUCCUGGACAGUAUUCUUUCAGGUCGAGUCAAAGAUACAAUAAUAUGUCCUGUCAGCACUCAGUAUGAUAAAGUAAUCGAAACCGAAGGUUAUGUUGGCGAACUACUUGGUAUUCCCAAGAAAAAGGAGAAUUUGGCCGAUUUCCUCUCGGCAUCAUCAGUUCUUUCUCUAAAAUUGGGUCGUGUGGAUGUUCGAUUUCAUGAACCUUGGAGUUUACGAGAUUUUAUUUUACAACAACAAGCUCGAUCGCUGGGAAUACCAAAGACUCUUGAUUUUGAGAGCAUCAAUGUACCUAGUGUUCGGCAAAAGCUACUGAGAACUUUAGGUUACAAAGUUUUAUCCGAUAUCAAUGCAGUUUCGGUUGUCAUGCCUACUGCGUUGGUUGGAACGGUUUUAUUGACUCUGAGAGGCCGUGGUGUUGGAAAAUCUGAGUUGAUUCGUCGAGUCGAAUGGAUCAGCGAACGAGUUAGAAACAAAGGUGGGCGAGUAGCUCAUUUUGCCGGUGCAACCACAUCCACAGUUGUUGAGCGGGCUCUUGAGGUUCUUGGUAAAGAUCUUGUAGGCAGGGUAGAUGGGCUGGCAGAAGAAACAUACUACGCUGUCGAUCGAUUCCAACUUUCUUUCUACCGAAACAUGACAAUCCAUUUAUUCAUAUCUGAAGCAUUAGUUAGCGCUAGUAUGUACAUGAACGUAAAGCGUGGCGGAGGAAAAGUUCACCAGAACAUCUCAUAUGAAGACCUUCGAAGUCAAGUCCAAUUUCUCUCUCAACUAUUUCGAGGUGAAUUUAUUUACCCGACCGAAGGAUUGGUUGUUAAUCUGGACAACACUCUACACGACCUGGAAGCUGACAAUAUUGUUGAACUUAUUCGGGAUCCGGAAGGAAAGAUAUUGACUGUCGGUCUAUCUGAUCAUGAGCGUUCUGUUGGACGCGAAAAUUACGAUUUUUACUGUUUCUUGAUAUGGCCAUUCGUUGAAGCAUUUUGGCUUGGUGCUGUUUCUCUUAUGGGUUUCACACCACCUCCAAGCAAACCAAAUGAUGUUUGGUUAGAAGUCAAGAAAGCUCAUGACGGCGCUCAAUUGCUUGGCAAAACUCUUUAUCAUCAAGGUGAUUUAUCUUACUUCGAAGCCGUUAAUAAAGAAACACUUAAAAAUGCAUAUCAGCGAUUUGAAGAUGAAGGCAUUGUAAUAGUAUCUAAGAGUCGAAAUUCAAAGAUCCCACCACGAUCUCGACUUGCUCCUGAAUGGACACCACAGAGAAAUCCAGAGACUAGUAUGAUAAUUGCAGAAGGAAAACUAUGGGAUUUUAUUGAAAAGAUUGCAAAGUCAAGGCGAGAAGGGAAGAAUAGACGAGAUGGAGCAACUGUAUCAACAAGAGUCUUGAGACUUGCUGAUGAAUUGGGUCAGACAUUAUUUGCGGAAGGAUCUGGGGAUAUAGGGAUGUCGGAGGAGGACAAGGAGGAAUUGCAGAGGAGAGAGAAGAGAAGGCAGGCGCUGAAGGCUAGAGCACACUUGUGA